GUGCUUCACCGAUCACCAGAGCUGCUUCACUACUCCCACCUCCCUUCAGGUCUGGAAAAGAGAAAAGCCAGUAAUAGACAGUGCUAGGGGCUCAGCUUCAGCCUAUACAAGACCGAGAGGCCGGACAUCCACCAGAACUUUUAGAGAUGGGAACUUCUGGAAGCAGAGAUGCCCUAGUGAAAGGCACCAGAUACAAGAAGAUCAAAAGCAAGUGUCUGUAUCACCAGAGCCGCAGUGUUUUAAAUGCACUACACUACAAACAGGCCGAAGAUAUCCUUUUGUCCGAGACAAGGAAUCUUAUCGGGAAAUUCCUCAGAGCACCUCAGCAGGAGCUGAAUGCAUGUUUAAAAACAUGAAUGGCCACAUGGUUAGAGUCGUGAAUGGAAUGCCCCUUUCUACAGGCAAUGGUUACAAAAACAGCUGUAAGAGAAGUUUUAGAAAAGGGUUAAACUGGACCACAGUGGGGGCCCAAAACUCUGUGUCCACAGGUGCCUCAAAUGGGGCCAGCAGUAAUGAGAAUGAGCAUCUCCACGCUCCUUCCAGGCAGGGAUACGAGAACCGCUGGGGUAGUGACAGCGAUGAUGAUGACUAUGCCAGUGACGCUCUGAGUGAGCAAGAUGAGGGGGGCACCUCCAGGGCUGAGAUCCCCAGCCCUGCAACCAGUGUCCUCAGUGACAGCAGUGAUGCAGUGCAGCUCAGCAUCCAGUGGCCUGAGUCCGUGGCAGGGACUCUGUAUGCAGUGUCAGUGCACAGUGGUAAAGGUCAUGCAUUAAAGCUGGACAAGGUGAAAGCAGAAGAAGAGGAAGCUCAUCCUCUCUUCAGAGAAAAAAUGUCCAGACUUGAGUGUGAAAGAAAAGAGGACCUCCACUGUGAACAGCAUAGAACUUCUUCUGAAGAUGGUUUGCAUAAUCAAAUACCAGCUUCCUCCUUAGACAAUGAACUGCAGGAGCUAAAACAUGAAAUGCGGGCCCUAAAGGAGCAACUGGAGCAGAGGGAGAGCCACUGGUCCUUAGCUCAUGGGCACCUGCUGAAACAAGUGGAGUCCCUCCUCAGGGAGAACACAAAACUCAAGGGCAAGCACGGAAUUCUGGAACAUCGCCACCUUCAGACUCGGAGGCCUCAUGACGGUUCUCAUGAGCUAAAUGCAGAGACUGUGGAAAGAGGCCAUAAGGAGCCCAUGAAGGAAGCUCCCCAGGGUACUGUUGACAGAUCCCCUGUAUCAGCCAGCACUAGAAGUGCCAUACUGACAUCCCACAAGUCUCCAGUCCACCAGAGGGCAGCACCUACCACCACAGAUUCAAAUGGUCACCUUCUUACAGACAGGAGUAAGGACCACUCAUUCCCGUUCACAGGAAAGAUGACUUUGAUUCCAGAAAGCACCGACCAAACUCCAAAGUCAGACAGCUGCGAAAUGCCAAAUAGCAACACCAACAGGGAUGAAGAACACCAGACAAAAAUAGGGGCAUACCCCCAGCUUAAUGAGACAUCCAAUGAGCAGCUGGCAUUGUCAACCAGCGAUACGGCAUCCUCAGGGUCCCAGCACCCUCAGCUGAGGAGAGAACACACAGUGCCUGAACGUGAGUUUAUACAUUCAGCAAGCAAGCAAGACAGAGUGCUUGAGGAAACUCGCCUCCGAGAUGGAAAGACGGAGUGGCUCUAUUCUAGUGGUCGCCGAGUAAUUGCAUUCCGAGAUGGAACCAAGAAGGAGAUAUCUGCAGACAGAAGGUCCAGCACUGUCACCUACUUCAAUGGAGAUGUCAAGCAUAUCCUAGCAGAUGAAAAGGUGGUUUACUAUUAUUCCAGUACACAGACAACGCACACUACUUAUCCAAGUGGCCUCGAGGUCCUUCAGUUCCCAAGCAAGCAGAUAGAGAAACAUCACCCCGAUGGUACAAGAGAGAUUAUUUUCCCUGACCAGGCAGUCAAGCAUAUCUACCCUGACGGUCGAGAGAAGAGUGUCUUUCCAGAUGGAACUGUAGUGACGGUCGCAAGGAAUGGUGACAAGACAAUACAGUUCGCUGACGGCCAGCGGGAGAUCCACACAGCUCAAUUCAGGAGGAGGGAAUACCCAGACGGAACUGUGAAGACCAUCUAUACGACAGGACGUCAGGAAGCAAAGUAUUCCACAGGCAGAGCUUGCAGUGAAACCACAGAUGCAGUCACUGUUAUGGAUAAGAAGUUAAAUUAGCAAAUAAGAGAGAAUUUUGCUUAUUUUCUAAUACUAGGUACACAAAUGGGGAUACAACAAAGCAUCUAAGAAUAGAUUCAUACUCAUUGACCAUAUUACUUCUUUCUAUAGCUAAUACUGGGUCCCAAAGGUGCUGAUCCAGUGCUGUGGUCAUUUCUAAGGUUAUACGAUUGUGGUCUUUAGCAGCUAAACCACUGCAGGUCUAUCCCUGUCGGUGAGCUUUGACUUGCAGCUACCGUUCCACUACAGUUUUUGUGAGCAGUGCGCCUGCGUUUCAGGCACUAACUUCAGAUUAAUCUUCCGAUCUCUGUCAACUGCCCCAGAUAAUUUUUAAUGCUCACAAAUCAAAGUUCAGCUCGCCACGCCUCUUUUAUACCUGACACACAUCGAUAAGGGGCAUCCAGCCUGAUUUGACUCACCUUUGCAGCUUUUAUAAUUGUUACUUAGUUACUUCAAGGUUAAAGUCCCUUUGAAGUUGGUGUUUCCAUUUUUUUGUCCACUCCAAAUAUUUCGGUAUUGUUGGAAUUAAACUUUAUAUGUAAUGGUAUAUUUCACUAUUUUUACACAGCACAAAAAAAUCCACCAACCUUCUUCCUUCUAUAUUUACAGCACUGAGAAACUUAUGUUACUCAGAACUUUCCAUUAUUUAUGAGACCGUCGCACUUUUGGUCUUGCUAGUAGGACGACACCACAGCAUUGGGUGAACUUUUGACUAGGUGACCUGCCUCUGAUAGUACUUAUAAUAUAAAAGCCCCCCCCCUCAAAUAAACCUCUUGUACACAUAGCUUCAAUGCUAUGAAAGUUGUCAACAUCCCUUCCCGUUUAAUUUAAUUCAUCUUCACUUUGUUUUAAAAUAGUUUGUAUAUACCGUUGGUCAAUGGAUCUCCUGUCUCCUAGGAAUUCUUUAAACCUCCUACACCACAAUGCAUUGUCUUCCCAAUAUUCAGCGGAAUAGACACUUCACUGUACUGCAA